CUUGCGCGCCUCACGUUCCAUGGGUCCCCGGUUAUUGAUAACACAAUUUGCCCGCUGGGAUUCGUUCUGAUAACGUGAACUCGUGGGUAGGGACUUUCACUGGAAAACAAGAUACCGUCCGAAGAGGAAAAACGACGAAUGUUCAUUAUUACUGCAUGUAGAAAGCUGAGCCCACCCCUCACUUGAGUACGCGACAUCAAACAGACAGAAAGGCCUUCCCCUCUCCCUCUCAACUUCCAUCCCUCUGGGACUGUUGGGGAACCCCCUGAUGAGUGGAACCUGCAUCCAUGAGCCCCGUGCCCCCUCCCCAUCCCUUUCAGGCUUUAGCACACCCAUCUCAGAGCCCCCUUAUUGCAGGCUAGAUGCAGACACCCCAGCCUGCACCCCUGAAACUGACCUGACCCCCACCCAGUGUGUCCUCCGCAAUGUGCUGUCCAUCGAUACAGGGGGACAGAGUAGCCCAGCAGGGGGAGGAGGAUGCCCUCACACCUGUGGUAACAGCCCCACCCCCAGCGAUGGCCCACCCACCCACUUUGACAACAGUGUGCUCAAACUGCAUGAGCAUGAGGCCUGCCAGUGUGGGGGUGGGGCAGAGGCUGGCCUCAGCUCAGAGGCCGGGGCUGUUCGUAGCCAAUCAGACAACAUCCGACUUCAGUCAGGAAGUGGAGGUUUUCUAGAGGGACUGUUUGGCUGCCUGAAGCCAGUCUGGACGAUGAUUGGGAAGGCCUACUCAACUGAACAUAAGCAUAAUCAGGAAGGUGCAUGGAAAUCCUGGGAGGUUCCAUUUGAGGAGAUAUCUGACCUGCAGUGGGUGGGCAGUGGUGCACAGGGCGCUGUAUUCCUGGGAAAGUUUCACGGAGAGGAUGUAGCUGUGAAGAAAGUGCGGGACAUCAAAGAGACGGAGAUAAAACACCUUCGCAAACUUAAGCAUCCCAACAUCAUCACUUUCAAGGGUAUCUGCACCCAGGCCCCCUGCUACUGUAUUCUGAUGGAGUACUGUGCUCAGGGCCAGCUGUAUGAGGUGCUGCGGGCUGGCCGUAAGAUCACCCCCUCUCUCAUGGUGGAUUGGUCCAUGGGCAUCGCCGGGGGCAUGAACUACCUGCACCUCCACAAAAUAAUUCACAGAGACCUCAAGUCUCCCAACAUGCUGAUCACUCAUGAUGAUCUGGUAAAGAUCUCAGACUUUGGAACUUCCAAGGAGCUCAGUGACAAGAGCACCAAGAUGUCCUUCGCUGGUACGGUGGCUUGGAUGGCCCCUGAGGUCAUACGGAAUGAGCCGGUCUCAGAGAAGGUGGACAUCUGGUCGUUUGGGGUGGUGUUGUGGGAGAUGUUGACAGGAGAGGUCCCCUACAAAGAUGUGGAUUCCUCUGCUAUCAUCUGGGGUGUGGGCAACAACAGCCUCCAGUUGCCUAUACCUGAGAGCUGCCCUGACGGCUUCAAGAUCCUCCUGAGGCAGUGUUGGAACUGUAAACCCAGAAAUAGACCCUCCUUCCGUCAGAUCCUCCUUCACCUGGAUAUAGCAUCGGCUGAUGUACUCUCAACCCCUCAAGAGACUUACUUCAAGUCUCAGGCUGAGUGGCGGGAGGAGGUGAAGCAGCACUUUGAGAAGAUUAAGUCUGAGGGCACCUGUCUGCACCGACUGGAUGAGGAACUGAUCAACCGCCGCCGGGAAGAACUCAGGCAUGCUCUGGACAUCCGUGAGCACUAUGAGCGGAAGCUGGAGAGGGCCAACAGCCUCUACAUGGAACUGAAUGCAGUCAUGCUGCAGCUGGAGCUCAAAGAGAGAGAGCUGCAGAGGAGGGAGCAGUCUUUGGAUAAGAAGUAUCCAGGACUGUUCAAGCACCACAGCUCAAGACAGAGCAGCUCUUCCAAUUCCAUGGACAAGCUCAUUAAGAAGCGAAAUGUUCCACAGAAACUGCCCUCUGGAAAGAGGCCAGACAUCCUCAAGUCUGAGAUGAUCAUCCCCAAGAUGGACUCCUCUGUAACGCAGGUCACCAUCCCUUCCGGCCCUAACAGGGCCUCUACAUCCCCAAGCCGCUCUCGCAGGGUGAAGACCCGCCACCGCAAACCUGGCAAGGGCAGCAGCGGGGACCUAGCAGGGCUGAAGGCCACCCAGUCCUCCCCAAAUGGAGACACAUCCACUCAGGCCAACAGCUCUUCUACAGGGCCCUCUACACAACUCCUGGAUCCCAGUGCAGCUCUGCGGGGCCUGAGCCACGAGCAGCAGACAAGACACCUCUCCUCUUCCAGCCCGGACCUCAUCUCCAGCACUCUGGAGGCGGACGGCCAAAGGAAGGGGGACAUUACCGUGAGGCGGUUGGAGAGGGGCGGCAGCCUCAGUGCUUCCGCAGGUCUGGGAUCUGAGGGUGGGGCGGCCGGUCUGGAUGACUUCACAGAGACCCCGCCGCGCAGUGAUACGCCCAGUGAGGAUGCAGCCUCAUUCCCCUUCUCCAGCAGCCCUGACUCACCUUGUGGGAGGGGGGCUGCGGCGGGCAGGGGGUCUGUUCUGGGUUCACCACGCCUGCCCCACGAUGGAGAAGACAAAGAUGACGGAGCAGGGGCUGUGAGGUUGCCCCGAGGAGCAUCAGGAGGCAUUGGGAGUCAACACCUCACCCCUUCAGCCAUACUCUACAGGGCAGCUAUCACACGGAAACAGAGGCGGGGGGUGUCAUCAGAAGAGGAGGAGGGGGAAGUUGACAGUGAGGUGGAGUUGCCACGGAGACGACGUCCGACCAGCAUCAUCAAGUGCCAGUCGGUGUCUACUUUCAGCUCUGAGAACCUGUCUGUCUCAGAUGGCGAGGAGGGCCACACUACUGACCACUCCCACAGUGGAACGCCUGACGUGGUCAGCACCAACACAGACGACCGCCUAGACGACCGCAGCGAUGACCUCCUGUCUCAGGGGUCAGAGAUCCCGGCAGACAACACUGACCCGGCGCAGGCUUCUGACGGCCUGUCAGAAAGAGAGGGAGGCCUGCGCCAAGCCAAGGCUCAGCUGGACGCAGGACAGAAUCCUAAUGAGAGUCGGGUGCUGUGUGAUGACUCGGACUGUGACAGUGCCGAGCUCGACCAGUCAGGAAGUGGAGAACCCAGCCGUCCACCCAGCGCUGGGGCCUGGGCUCCAUGUGGAACCCAACCCGGGCCGUCACAAGGGUCCCCUCAGGGGCCUUAAACAGGCCUCACAUAAGUCCAACCCCUGGACAGUAGAACAGAUCAGAACUACAGCUACCUUAUCAUGAAGAACCAUCACAGAGCCUACUGAACACCCAGUCUAUCAAUGCAGGACAUGACUGAUGUCAGAAGGGGUCAUAUAAACUCUGCUCAGACUAUGACAAGUUAACAUAUGGAGCAAUAUGGGUUUGUUAGGAAGCAAAUCUUCAUCAGAUAACAUAGUUGGUUUGUCAUUAAAUGGCAGCAGCUUCUUUGGCAGCUUGUGACAUCAGACACAUGUCAUUUAGAUGUAGUUGGGGUUUUGAUUGAGGAUUUAGGUCAAUUGUUAACCAGGUACAUUUAGCCACUGCUCCAGUUAAGCAAAAAAAAACCUCAAGUACGCAUACACACCUGUGCACUCAAACACAAACACAAUUAAUUUUAUUUUUAACCUGAUAUUGAUCCUGUACAAUCACUUCUCUGGGAAGACCCUGAUAUCCAAUAAACUCAUACAUCCCAUACUAAUAAAUAUGUACAGUAGAUAUCAUUAAUUCAGAAAUAUCUAAAUGUAUUUUAUGUGUAAGAUAAAAAGAAAUCGGAUGUAAAAAUGAAUGGUAUGCAGCCCAAAUAAACAAAUGCAUGACUACACUUUAUAAUUUUAGUUUUGGAUGUGUCCGUUUUAUAUUUUGUGAGGUUUACACUUUUUUAUCCUGAAAGUAUUAUUUCACUAAAAGUUUUUGUUAAUGAAUUGUUGUUGGCACCCAAAAAAAUGUAUGAUGUCAUAAUGGAAUGAAAAUGUCACCAAAAUGUUAUACUCUUUCAAAACAUACUUCAUGAUUAGGGCCAUCAGCUGUUAAUGUGGAAGACUUCUUUGGAUUUUGAGUCCCUACCACUGAGUUUUAAAUAGACUCAUCCCUUUAAGAUCACUAAGUAGCCAGAUCAGAGAUAGAAUACUGCUCUCUGGUGGUAGUUUAACAAGUACCAUUUGAAUUUAAUAGAGGUUUUGUUUUUAUACAGCAUUGCACAUUGUACCUGUAAAAUAUGAAUUAUAUCAAAAUCAAAUACUAUGAGCAACAAUAAAAAAAAUGU